AUGAAGACCGAGGGGGGGGGGGGGGGCUCUGUCUGCUGCUCCGCUCAGACUGCGCAGGUUUGCCCCGUGUUUGCCCCCAUCCGUCUGCUCCGUCUCCCCAUCAUCUCCACGCUCGGCUCCUUGCACCUCAACGAUUUUGGCGCAUCUCCACCGCCUGCCUCUGUGUGUGCAGCGGUGGGACCAGAGACGGGACCAGAGGUGGGACAGGACCGGGUCUGCCUCACUGCCCUCCAGGAAUGA